GCCAGGUUUUCAAACACGGCCGCAGACUGUCUAUUUCCUGGUUACUUCGCAAGGAUGAAUGUGGGCGUUGCUCACAGCGAGGUGAACCCAAACACCCGGGUGAUGAACAGCCGGGGCAUCUGGCUGGCCUACCUGCUGCUCACCACCGCCCUGCAUGUGGUCCUGCUCAGCAUCCCUUUCCUCAGUGUGCCUGUGGUGUGGACGCUUACCAAUGUCAUACACAACCUGGCAAUGUAUCUGUUUUUACACACAGUCAAAGGCACGCCGUUUGAGACGCCGGACCAAGGCAAGGCACGUUUGCUCACUCACUGGGAACAGAUGGACUAUGGCGUCCAGUUUACAGCGUCAAGAAAGUUCCUCACCAUCUCACCUAUUGUAUUGUACAUCUUGGCCAGCUUCUACACUAAAUAUGAUACAACUCACUUCAUAGUCAACACAGGUUCACUACUAAGUGUCCUCCUUCCCAAGUUGCCUCAGUUUCAUGGAGUUCGUCUGUUUGGUAUAAAUAAAUACUGAUAUGACACUUCAGGCCACUCUAGGAUGGGAUGUAGCAUCAUGGAGAUGAGAUGAGAUGACUGAAAUUCCUUUAAUCUCCAUUUGAUGCUUCCUUGGUCCAAAGCCGUAAAGGCCUUAAGGAACCAAAACUGCACUGGACUAAAGUACACUAUUUAAAAAAGGCCUUCCAUGCUCAGGUUUAUUCAAUCUGUGGCGUUUCUUUUUUUAAAUCCUGUCUUAUGUCUGUCAUUUCUCUAUAUCGUAAUCUCUAGAUCUCCAUUUAUAAUUUCUAGUUUCAUCACAUUCAAGGAUGUUUUUGACUGCAUUGCACCAGACAAUGUGCCAGUUAUCACCUGCUGAUAUUCUUUGCAUAAACCUAUUUGCCACAACAAGCUCCGUCACUGUGGGGGCAAAACAUGAUAGUUCUGAAUUAUAAUAUUCAGAGGGCUUUUGUCAGUGUUCUAGUAUGCAACAUGGACAACUGAAGUAAAUACGUUAUGUUGAAUUAUUAGAAAAACUGAUUUUGAUUUUAAUCUGAACUGCAUUUUUAAUUACAUUUCCUUCAAAAAUGCAAAACAAUGAUCUGUGACAAUGUAUAAACGUGAUAUGAUAAACAAUUUUGAAGCGCUCCCUUAAA